CGUCGCGCGGGGGCCGCCGGGACGGGUGCGACCCUUCCCCGCGGCCGGCCGCCUCCCAUCGGGCGCCGCGCGGCGCGGCGCAGGUCGGUGCAGGGUCAGCGGGUCAGGCGCGCGGGUUCCGGCCCGGGCAGGCGCAGGAUGUACACGCUGCUGUCGGGGUUGUACAAGUAUGUGUUCCAGAAGGAUGAGUACUGCAUCCUUAUCCUGGGUCUGGACAAUGCAGGAAAGACGACCUUUCUGGAGCAGUCAAAAACCCGGUUUAGCAAGAACUACAAGGGGAUGAGCCUCUCCAAGAUCACCACCACCGUGGGUCUGAACAUCGGCACCGUGGACGUGGGGAAGGCUCGGCUCGUGUUCUGGGACUUAGGGGGGCAGGAGGAGCUGCAGUCUCUGUGGGACAAGUACUACGCGGAGUGCCACGGCGUCAUCUACGUCAUUGAUUCCACGGACGAGGAGAGGCUGUCGGAGUCCAAGCGAGCUUUCGAGAAGAUGGUCACGAGUGAGGCUCUGGAUGGCGUCCCCAUCCUGGUGCUGGCCAACAAGCAGGACGUGGAGACUUGCCUCUCCAUCCCGGACAUCAAGACCGCCUUCAGUGACUGCACCGCCAAGAUCGGCCGGCGCGACUGCCUGACCCAGGCCUGCUCCGCCCUCACCGGCAAGGGGGUGCGCGAGGGCAUCGAGUGGAUGGUGAAGUGCGUCGUGCGGAACGUGCACCGGCCGCCGCGGCGGAGGGACAUCACGUAGGCGCGGCCAGCGCCCAGACGCCCGCCGGCUGGAGCCCCCGACCUGGGCUGGGGCUGGCUUUGCCUCCGGGGCCCUUGUUUCCCUUGUUUUCUAGGACAGACUGUCCUCUGUGUCCUCCAGCGCGGGCCCGGGGGGCUUCUGCCAGGGCGUGGGGGCGGCAGGGCCUGCAGCUAGCUACCUCAGGCCUGGACCCACCAAGGCCAGGAUGGAGGGCCCUGUGGGUGCUGUUGCUGCCACCCUCCUCGGGCCGGCCUGCCUGCCUGCCUGCCUGCCUGGGGUGGGGUUCGGGGUCCCCCGUGGUUCCAGUGCAGACUCAGGGUGUGUCCCCAUCCCACCUCCCCCCACCCCACCGGCUCAACAUCGACCACGUUGAUCCCUGGCGACGUGGGAAAGCUUGGAAGUGGGUGUCUUCCCCGAGCACACCUACCACUCACCUGGAACAAUCUCGGGCACCAGCUCAGGCGCCCAGUGUGUGUGGGGGAGGGGGUGGAAGGUGGGCUGGGUCUCCAGGCUGCCGGGUCGGUGGUGUCCUAAGCCUGUGCUCCCUGCUGAGGGGGAGCUGGGUCCCCACCCAGGCCUGCGUCCCCGGCGGAGACCCCUUUCCCAGGCCCCACGGGAGCUGCUGCCCUCAGCAGGCCUGGCUGCGGGUGUGUGGGGGGGGAAAUAAAGAGCAUUUGAGCA